UCGUUUAACGUGCGUAAACAACAGAAUCACAAAAUAAUCGGAUUUAUUCGUACUUUGAAGUAUGCUUAAUCGAGUACGACGGAUAUGUAUCUCCGUUUCCGUUUUGUUCGGAGUAUGGCGCAGGCUCGGGUUGUCUUUACGACACCUGUUCGAGGUUGUACGGAGAUACCUGGAGCCGCAUCAGCAUCAGCUACCAAGUGGACGAAAGUAACCGAAAUCAGCCGAUCGAAGAGUGAUGAUACCGAAAAAGGCAAUGCGGAAAAUUUCGCUAGCACAGCAGCAGACAAGAGAAAUUCUUCGACGGAAAACGGAGGGCACGGCAGUUCGCCAAACUGUGGAAACCAGAACUGCGCACCCAUCAAUGGCGUUCAUGACAAUUUGAGUCUGCCUUUUCUUCACAAUGGAAGGGUUCUAAAUCCAGUGCGAGAUAACAACAACAAUGUAAUUGGAUACAUGUUUGAAAACCAAAUAUCUGCAGAGAAUGCGGAUUUGACAAAUGGUAAAUGUGAUGAAGGAACCGAUAAUGCAAAGGAAAAACCGGAAAGCCGCGACGCAACGAAGAAUACUGCCGGACAAGGAGGACAACCAAUUACUAAGGACGACCUGCGAGCUGUCUACCGAUUCAUCAUGGAAAAUAUCCAUUACGUCUGGGUCGCAGCUGCGUUCGGUAUCACUUGUGGAUUUAAGUAUUUGAUUUUGCUAGGCCUGAUAAUGUUAAUGUUUAUAAAACUCUAACCAGGGCACAUAGGCAUCCUCCAAAUUCAGAAAAUUUUCGUUUUUUGUAAAAAGAUAGUAUACUAUUCUAGUAUGCUUAAAAAAAUAUUUUCAGCUGCCAUCGUCAAGGAGGCGUGGCCACAGAACAAUUGAAAGUUUAAAAAUCACAUACUUGAUACUGCUAAAUCAUAUACUUGCACAAGUACUGGAUUUUUUUUAUUUCGCGUUACGAGCAACAAUAUUUUUCACACAUUCUACAUAAGAUUAUGAGAGGCUAAAAACACAAGCGAGUUACACAGCAACAUCUAAAAACACAGGCGGGCGAAUAACAGAAAAGAUUAACAGAAAAGACUGCACAAGUUUUUCGUAAUACUAUGCUUGCUUCUUACUGCAGCACAGUGGACUUUCACAGCUGUCGAACAGCGAUGUCGUAAAAGAAGCCCACUUGCGGCGGCUCGUGCCGUUGAUGCCUAAGUGCACAUUUUCGAAAAUUUGUUAUGAAGUGCAGCACGUUCUGCUUAGAAGAAAAAAUUUUUUUCGCACAGGUUAUUGUUUACAACGCUAAUCGACAGCUGAAAAGUCCACGGUGCUGAAUCAAGAAGUAAACGUACUCUAAUAAUUACGAAUAACUUGUGCAGUGCUGCACUGCAAUACACAGUAUGAAGUAUGUGAUUUAGCCCACUUUUAAUUGUUCUCUGGCCACUCCCCUUUGACGAUGGCAGCUGAAAAUAUUUUUUUACGCAUACCAUAGUAGUAUACUACCUUUUUACAAAAAAAUGAAAAUUUUUUGAAUUUGGAGGGGGCCUAUGUGCCCUGGUAAGUGACCGACAGAUCACAAUGGGCCAGAAACAACCCAAAGCCAUAACAAGCAAACAUGUAUCACAUCAUAACGGUCGUACGCUUGGUAUCCAGGCUGUAGCAGCCAUUUUCAUACCGUGAAGAUUAUAUAAAAUGGUAAAAUCGUGAUUUAGCUUUAUUGACAAGCACGAGCAAAGCAGUAACCAAAUAGUAACCAAAUUAUAGCUUAAAAGCUGUUUUGAUAUCCUAGCCCUGUGCAUUUGCGUCACCCACAACCUCUCCAUCUAAAAGACCCCGGGACUAUUCAAGGAAGAAUUGAAACGUUUUACUUUCACAAAAUGCUAAACUGCGCAACGUAAAGCUAAGUUACCAAGAUGAGCUACUAUCCUUGAAAAAGUGACGUUCCUCCCAGGCCACUCAAACCGCCGAAACCACCGGCUCCUCCUAAGCCACUUAAACCGCCGCCACCCCCUAAGCCUCCCAUACCCCCAAAACCACCCAUACCGGCGCCGAAUAAUUUUUGAAUAUCGAAUCCGCCUGCUUCGUCCUCGGCUGUCGGAGCCGGCUGUACCGGGCAGUUUUCUCCACGUGGCCCGUAACACUUGAACGUCUCUCGUAUAGCAUUAUUCACACGGGUGGCGAUGUCUUGCACCUCCGCUCCACAUUUAUCGGCAAUCUCGCUUCCCGUGCAUGUUUCAUACGAAUUCAUCAUGCUAAAAAUAUUAUGCACGAUUUUUAUUUUUUUACUUGUAUUGUCCAACCGCCACGGUGCAUAUUUACCAGCACAUAUUCCGGAUAAGGUCACGUCUUUUCACCAAGGCUAGCGCGUUUUCGACGCGGCCCGGACCGGCGUUCGUGGGAUAAUCAUUCAUAACGGUUCUCAUUGCCGCAUUAAAACACCCACGUGUCUUACUGGAUGUCUGGUUUAUAAUUUUGGUGCAUUGUGCCAUGAGAUGAUAUUUGCUGUAGAAAUCCGGCCGGUCACAGACGUCCAUCAAUUUGAUCGAACCGGUCAGCAUUUCGUAUGUGUCGGCCAUUUGGCUGGGUUCUAAAUAGCACUCUGCCAUAUCCUUGACACAACCCAUAACAGUCCGACCCAUUCUGUACAAAGGAGAGAUUGUAAAACAUUUUUAAAACCGAGGCGUACAGUAGCUAAAACCCAAACGGACUAACUUGCAGAUGCCGACGAGCUGUGCUUCGGUGAUUUGCGAGGCAUCCUUUGUGUUCAUGAUUUGCUGAUAGUCCGGACCGAGGAUGUACAUUAAAGUUGGGGCCAUGCACAUCAGUAAGCUGUUACUGUCGGUGUUAGCACACGAAUUUGUUGAUGACAAUGAGCGCGCUGAAAUCGAGACAACGGCGGCCAUCGCCAAUACAACAAAAAUUCUUCCUAAAUGCAUUGUUCUUGCCGCCCUGUUUUGGAUAAAAAUUAGAUAAAAGAAUUACGAGUAUUAUCUUUCGCUAACUCGCUAGUAGGGUUGGCAUCUGCACUGAUUACUUUGCUGAUAUACGGUAUUUAAGAUCAGUUGCAUCAUAACCAUAUGAUUAAAUCAUCGUUCGCCUAAGGCAGACGAUGAGUUUUGGUAGUUUUUUCUU